AUGUCCUUCUUUCCUUCAUCACACAAUUCUUCUCAACAACAACCACACCAUCACUCAUUGCAACAGCAGAAUGGCGAUGGCACCGAUUCGGAAUUGAUAAUAACCACCUCUUUCAACAAAGAAGAUGAGAAUCAGCAAUCUUUGGGACAGAAUUUCAUGAGUUCAUCAUCGCCGCCGUCCUUGUUGGAUUCCAAAGAAAAAACGAAUGAUGAUGAUGAAUCUCAUGAGAUUAUGUUACAUGAUGAUGAUGGCUAUCGGGGCGAAGAAGAAGAAUCAGAAGGAUCACAACAUGGCCAUGCUCGAGAACGUAUUAGCAAAUGGAACAUGUUAAAAGAUGUGGCAUGGAAUAUGACCAUAGUUGGAGCAACAUCAUUUAGAGGAGGUGUGGCGAAUGUAAUGAAUAGAGUUUGCAGUAAAAAAACGAAUUGGUUGAGUAUUGAAGAAUUUAUGGAAGUCUAUAGUAUGUCACAUUUAGUGCCAGGAGCUAAACCAUCACAAAUUGCUAUGGGUGUUGCAAUACCAAAAUAUGGAAUGAUUGGAGGAAUGUUGUCUUAUUUAUUCUUCUCGAUACCUGGAUUUAUUUUGUGUCUUGCCAUGGGACUGUUUAUGUAUGAUUACGACAGCAAGACAGCUCCUCUGUGGUUCGUUCAUGCACAAAAAGGUUUAGCUUGCAGCGGUAUUGCAUUUGCUCUUCAGUCCGUAGCAAGAUUUUCUUCUCUACUCGAAAGUCCAGACAAGAAAAAAGGAAAGAAGAACAAUGAUGCCAAAGGAGAAUCAAACGAAUUGUUUCCGUAUAUAAUUUUGACAAUAGUUGCCAUCAUUUCAAUGUUGUACCGAAGAAAUUGGCUUCUACCUGUUUUAUUAGCUAUAGGAUCUGUUCUUUCAAUAAUUUAUUCCGAAAUUAAGGAUAGACUUUCAAACAGAAUUUCACAUUUUGCACUCUAUGAAAUGUUAAAUGUGAAAGAAAAACAGUUUAACAAGUUAUCAUGGCGAAAUCAAUUAGAAUUUAUUUUACUGCUUUCCAAAACGUUUAUUCCCAAGUAUUCAAGAGAAAUGAAACAAAAACGAGCAGAGCUUGAAGAUGAACAUAUUGAGGGUGUGAAUUCAAGCAUCACUCCACAGCAAGACACUAGUGAUGAUGGAAAACAUCCUUUCAAACAUUUCGCGUCGUACAAAGUUGGCAUUUCUCUGGUUGUGCUCUAUUUUGUGAUGUUGGCAGUAUUUAUGACAAGCUCAUUCAUUGUAGAGAGUAUUCCAACAGGAUCUACCAUGAGCGCAACUACAACAAGCUUAGUACCACCGACAGUUUCACAUGUUCUCUAUCAAAAUGGCUCCUCUGAUGCUACACCAACCAAUCAAGUGAGAAAGAUCAAUGUAUGGACCGAAUGGAUCAUCAUGACCUCAUUCUUUUAUCGUUGUGGCUCCUUAAUUUACAGUGGAGGUGUUGUGAACGUGGUCAUCAUCAGAGAUGAAAUGAUCGAACGAGAAUGGGUGACCGACGAACAGUUUAUCAACGGUUACAGCUUAACCAACGCUGCUCCAGGUCCACGUUUUAGUUUAGGAUUUUACUUUGGUGCCAUAAUUGCAGGUAAUUUUCUGAAUGCUGCUGUUGGAAAUAAUUCCACACAAAUUCCUUCCAAUAAUUCUACUGCAGUAGACUCCAUGAUUUUGAAACAACAGCAGUCGUUAUUAUCAAAGAACUUGGAUCAAAAAGAUACCAUGUCUUUGACUGCAACAACAACAACAACAACCACUGAAUAUUCUACCUUUACACGAUAUUUCUUACCAAUAUUCUACGGUAUGCUUGCUGGCAUUGCCUUUCAUUUACCUGGAUUUAUUUUACUAUUAGGAGUUGUUCCAUUAUGGGGAGCACUGAGGAGCAAACCUAUUGUACAAAAAGCAAUGGUUGGAAUUAAUGCUGUUUGUGUGGGUUAUCUCAUUAACAAUAUUGUGAUUUUGUGGAUCUCUGUGGUGGGUACCAGUGUUCCAUUGGGGGCCGUAUCUUUUUUGACCUUUUCUCUUCUAAAUUGGCUUGAUUGUUAUCCUCCAAUUGUAGUAUUUAUUGGAGCGGGAGCCGCGGCAGUGCUUGGAGUGGUUAUUCCUCUUUAA